GCUAUAAUGAGUUAUGAUUUUUUAAUGAGAACUAUAAUGGCAGGGAAUAAUAAUAGAGAUGAAUAAAUGAAAUUUGAUGCAGAUUGUAUACCUCCAAACUUUGAGUUAGCAAGUCUACAUUAAGUAAAGAGUUAAAUGAAUAUGAGAAAGCAAGUGCAGUUGGCAGAGAUAUUUCAUAAGAAGAAAUAGCAAAUUUAUAAGAGGCAAGAUGUCCUUGUUGUUUAUAAUGGACAGAGAAGAGUGCAUUGUCUAUAAAAGUAAAUCCGUUGAAAUUAUCAUUUCUGGGAACAGGAGUACCAUUGUUUUUCGAUUUCAUUAAAUAAUGUAUUACAAUAUUGGUGAUAAUGUUUUGUACGUCUGGGGAUUAUAAUUUAAUAACAAAUAUAGCAUUUGGUACAAGUUGUUAGAAGGAUUUGGAUGAUUCAAAUACAAGAGAUAAUUGUGAUUUGAAUUAUAUAACUUAAUCAUCAUUAGCAAAUAAGCGUUUAGAUUCAUCAUUGAUGAAUUUACAAUAGAUGUUAAACUUAGUCUCAAUCUUCAUAAUCAUAAUAUUGUUAUAGUAUAUAAGAAUUUAAUAGAGAACAAUUCUUAGAGAUUGUGAUUUUCAUACAACUACUCCAUCUGAUUUUGGAGUCAAAUUAAGUCAUAUUCCAACAGAGAAUGCUGGUUAAAUUAAAGAAAGACUUAUUAAUGUAUUGAAUGAAUUUUUGGAUAAAUGUAAGUAUGAAUAUUUGAUAUUUAAUUAGACGUGCCUUAUGAUCCAAAAGUAUUAAAGUAUAUAGAAUAGAAGAUGAAGAUAUAGAUGAACAGAAAGAAUGUUUAAAAAAAAUAUGUAAUUCCUCCAAGAAUUCAUUCUAUAACUUUAUGUUAUGAUAUUUCUAAAUAUCAGGAAUUGAAUUAAGAGAAAGAAUAACAUAUAAAGGAAAAAUAAAAAUAUUUACAUAAAAUGUAUGAGAAUUAUUCACCAGAUGAUGGAUUAUUAUAAAAAGUAAAGGGAUAAUAUGUAGAUAAUGAAUUAAAUGAUAUUGAAAAUAAAGUAGUAGAAGUAAACUAAAAAAUUUAGUUAUAUUUUGAUUAAUUUCUUGAUCAGAAUAGUGAAUAAAAAGAAUUUGUAGGAAUUGCUUUUGUAACCUUUUAAUGGGAAGCAGAUUAAGAAGCUUUUCUUAAUUUAAAUAGAACUACUGGUUGGGGUAGAUAUUUUGGUGAAUAGACAAAAAUAUAUUUAGAUAAUUAAAAUAUAGUUGUAGAUGAAGCACCUGAACCUAGAGAUAUUAGUUGGUAAAAUUUACAUAUUGGAAAUAAUAAAAAAAUAUUUAAUAGAAUCUUAAGCGUAAUUUUAAUUGGUAUAUAAUUAUGUUUUACAAGUUGGGCUAUUUUUAAUAUUUCAAAAUUGCAAUAAGAUUUAUUAGAGAAAGAGAACCUACUUCUUAAGAAAUUAGCUUCACUUGCUUCAGUGAUCAUCAUAUUUAUUAACUAUUUAUUAUCUUAUAGUAUUAAGAAGAUAGCGGCAUUCCAGGGAUUUUCAACCAAUACUGGUCAUCAUAUAUCUAUCGCUACUUCUGCUGGAAUUGCUUAAUUUGUUAAUAGUGCUUUAGUCACAUGGCUUGUAUUCACAUUAUUAUUUGAUGAAAACUAUUAUAAAGAUGGUGGCUUAAUCUAUAACCAAACUUAUGUAUUUAUAUCCAACAUGAUUAUUCCUGCUGUUACUGCUAUUCUUGAUCCAGCUUAUUGGAUUAAAGUUUAUAACAGAUAUUCUGAAGAAUAAAAAGGAAAAUAUUCUUUAUGUACUUAAGAAUAAUUAAAUAAGUAGAUUCCUCUCAUUAUUUUAUAGAUUAUAUGAAAAUAAUGAAGAAACACUCUCUGAUCGUUAUGCUGCCAUAUUAAAAACUAUGUUAAUGACUUCUUUCUAUGCGAGUAUUAUACCCUUAGGUAUUCUAUUUUCUAUUAUCGCAUUAACCUUAUUAUAUUGGGUUUUCAAAUAUUAAUUUUUAAGAAGAAGAACAUUUAAAUAAUCUUUGGGUUUUAACUUAUCCAUUGAAAUGACAGAAAUCUUAGAAUACAUGAUUCCAAUAUAUUGUGUAAGUAUUAUAUUGUAUACUAGUUCUCUAAUUUCUGGUUUUAAUACACUUUUACCAAAGGCAAAGAUGUCUCUUCAUUUGCUAUUAUUGGAGUUGUUAUUGGCAUAGUUAAUGCAGUACUCCCUUGUUAUGAAUUAAAUUAAGCACUUUUUAUUAUCGAAGAUUAUGAACAAGUCACUAUACCUUAUAAAAAGAUAGAAAAACGAUUGGACAGUGAUUAUUGUAGGAAUAAUCCUGCUACUCAAGAUCAGGCUAAAUAAAAAUUCAUUUAAAGUAUGCGCGUUAAUAAAUGACGUUAUAGAAAAC